UUACGUCCAGAUCCAUUGUUCUUACUGUCCCUCCCUGCAGUUUGUCAGUAGUUCUUUCCCCUUAGCCAAACAAACAUGGCCUGGAAUCGCUGGGGCUGGCGGUUCUGCAUCUCUGUUCUGUUCCCUCUGGUCGGAUGUCACCCACAGUGCUUGGAUUUCAAGCCCCCCUUCCAGCCAGCAAAGGGUCUUGCAUUCUGCACACUCUAUAGUGACUUUGGCUGCUGUGACACUGUCAAAGACAGAGAAUUACAGAGCCGCUUCUACCGCAUCAUGGACAAGUUUGAUUACUCCCUGUACGCCACCUGCGCUGCACAGAUCCGGGACAUUUUAUGUGGGGAAUGCUCUCCAUACGCUGCUCAUCUGUACGAUGCUGAGGAUCCUUCGACGCCCGUCAGGCAGCUGCUCGGGCUCUGUGGUGACUACUGCGUCGAAUUCUGGAAUACGUGUCGGGCGAUCCUGCCCACCUUGGUGGGAGAGGGAAGCCUUCGCGAGCUGGUGUCGGACAGGGACAAAUUCUGCGAAGCUUUGCAGCUGCAAGACCUGGAUUACUGCUUCCCCCACAUCCUGGCAAACAAGAACCUGACGAGAAACCUGGGGGUGGUGAAUUCAGGCUCCGGCGGCUGCCUUCAGCUUUGCCUGCAGGAAGUGGCCAACGGGCUUCGCAAUCCCGUUGCUAUGGUGCAUGCAAAUGACGGGACUCACCGGUUCUUCAUUGCAGAGCAGAUUGGCAUAGUCUGGGUGUACCUCCACACCGGGGCCAGGCUGGAGAAUCCGUUCCUCAACAUCACUCACGCAGUAUUGACCUCUCCCUGGGAAGGGGACGAGCGUGGCUUUCUGGGCCUGGCCUUUCACCCCAAGUACAGAUACACCGGGAAGGUCUACGUCUACUACUCUGUUGAGCUGCACUUUGAGGAAAAGAUCAGAAUUAGCGAGUUUACCAUUUCUUCCAAUGACAUGAACGUAUUAAAUCAUCGCUCUGAGCGGAUCAUUCUGGAAGUCGACGAACCAGCGUCAAACCACAAUGGAGGACAGCUCCUCUUCGCUGAUGAUCAUUACCUUUACAUUUUCACUGGAGAUGGUGGAAUGGCUGGGGACCCUUUCGGAAAAUAUGGAAAUGCACAAAAUAAGUCAGCCUUACUGGGGAAAGUGCUUCGGAUUGACGUCAACAACAAUGACCGUGGGCCGCUCUAUAGAAUCCCUCCUGACAAUCCAUUUCUUCGGGACCCCGAAGCACGCCCAGAGGUUUAUGCCUAUGGGGUGCGGAAUAUGUGGCGUUGUUCCCUGGACCGCGGGGACCCUAUAACUAGGGAAGGCAAAGGAAGAAUCUUCUGCGGAGAUGUCGGGCAGAACAAGUUUGAGGAGGUGGACAUCAUUGAGAAAGGCAAAAACUACGGCUGGAAAGCAAAAGAAGGCUUUUCCUGUUACGAUAAGAAACUCUGUGCAAACUCCUCCCUGAAUGAUGUCCUUCCUAUCUUUGCUUAUCCUCACAGUGUGGGCAAAUCUGUCACUGGGGGCUAUGUGUACAGAGGCUGUGAAUCUCCCAAUCUAAACGGACUCUACAUAUUCGGAGACUUCAUGAGUGGACGCCUAAUGGUGUUGACUGAAGAUACCAGAACUGGUACAUGGCACAAUAAUAAGAUCUGCAUGGGCAAGGGUCAGACAUGCUCUUUCCCUGGUCUCCGUGAUCACUAUCAUCGGUACAUCAUCUCCUUCGCAGAGGAUGAAGCAGGAGAAUUAUACUUCCUAUCCACACGGAUUCCCACAUCCACGUCUCCAACCGGAGUGGUUUACAAGAUAGUGGACCCUUCACGGAGAGCACCUCCUGGAAAAUGUCACUACACGCCCCGGCCGGUUAAAGUGAAAAGCCGUCUCAUUAGAUUUGUACCGCAGCCAAGGCACGGCCGCCGCUCCAGGAAAAAGCAGGCCAGGAACAAACCGAGGAGAGGACAGAGACCAGCAAUGCAGGCAGACAACAGCCUGAGCUGGUACCAGGAACUCCUGAAGGAACUGGAGAAACUGCAGGCUGAAACCAAACCGCCAGCAGACGGUUCCCUGUCAGGGUCUGCCGAAGCUCACCACCAUGUCCCACCAGCUGGUGCUUCCCAGGAGUGAGAGAGCUGAGCCAGCGGGAAGAACACAGAGACCAUAGCUGCUGCAAUCCUGAGUGACAACUCACCGGCCAGAGAAACUCUCCCCGUGACCUUUGACACCCUUUACUCAUCAAGAACCUAAUAACUUUCUCUUUAAAUAUACCCAAUGACUUGGCCUCCACAGCCGUCUGUGGCAAUGAGUUCCACAGAUUCAACCCCCUCUGGCUAAAGAAUUUCCUCCUCAUCUCUGUUCUAAAGGGAAGUAUUCUGAAGCUGUGCCCUCUAGUGUUAGAAUCCCCCACUAUUGGAAACACCCUCUCCACGUCCACUCUAGGACUUUCAAUAUUUUAUAGUUUUCAGUGUAAUCCACCCUCAUUCUUUUAAACUCCAGUGAGUACAGCCCAGAGCCAUCAAACAUUGCUCAUAUGUUAGCCCUUUCAUUCCCAGAACCUCUCUUGUGAACCUCUUCUGGAUUCUUUCCAAAGCCAACAAAUACUUUCUUAGAUAAGGGGCCCAAGAUUAUUAAUAAUACUCCAAGUGCGGUCCGAGUAAUGCCUUAUAAAGCCUCAUCGUUACAUCCUGGCUUUUAAAACGCUGUAAGUUAUAGGAGCAGAAUUAGACCUUUUGGCCCAUUGAGACUGCUCCACCAUUUCAUCAUGGCUGAUCCAUUUCCCUCUCAGCCCCAAUCUCCUGCCUUCUCUCCAUAUCCCUUCAAGCCCUGACUAAUCAAGAACCUAUCAACCUUUGCUUUAAAUACACCCAAUGACUUGAGCCUCCACAGCUGCCCGUGGCAACAAAUUCCACAGAUUCACCACCCUCUGGUUAAAGAAAUUCCUCCUCAUCUUUGUUCUAAAUGGACAUCCUCUAUUCUGAGGCUAUGUCCUCUGGUCGCCCACUGCAGGAAACAUUUUCUCCACUUCCACUCUGUUGAGACCUUUCAAUGAGAUCUCCCCGCCCCACCCCGCCCCCC